AUUUUUGUGCGUAAUUAUCUCAUACAAAACAUUUUGUGCUUAACUUUAUGUACUUGCAAUUGUUUUUACUUGUACAAAUCUACAAAAUGAAAUGAGGCACAAUUUUAAAUUAUUAAAAUUAACUGGGAACUGGCGAUCACAGAAGAGCUCUGCGGUGAAGACGCUGCAGGCGAGCCAUGAGGACAGAGAAACUUUAGUGUUGAGGGAUUUAAAGAUGCAUUGUUAGACUUUUAUAUUAAUGUCAGGCAUAUUUGUUUAAGAAAGUGGGAAAACAUCACCGGAAAAUAUUAACAAGCGAAGUUCAAAGUGACAGAUAAGAAAACUCAGCAUUCUAACAGUAUUUAAACGCAUCACUUACAUACAAAUAUUGGAGAUGCAAAGAGAGUUUUAAAUCAAAUUUGUGCAUAAAUGCAGUUUUAAAAGAUUUGUGCAUUCUUUUUUUUAGAGAUUUAUGUGUAGUUUUAAGAUGUUAUAAUUUAAAGCUGUGCAUGUGCAAAUUCAUUUUGUAAUUUUUGAACAUACAGUUGCAAGUACAUGAAGCUGUGCACAAAAUGUACUGUAUGAGUUACAAAUCAAGAAUUACACACAAAUCGGAUGAACUCUAGAUACGGCUGUUUCUGUGUUAUGCAGCUCAAUUUGUAAACCUCUACAACUGAGGUUGUCCCAAAGCUCCUCACAAAAAACAGUUUUGAAAGUUUAUGAUCCAAUUUCAUCCAGAUUACUGCAUCAUUCAAUCCAAACCUAUAAUAUAAGUGAGCAACAGAUUCAACGGAUUUUAAGUGUAAUCCCUGGUGACAGAGGAGAGGAAUACUGCCUCUAAAUAGAAGAUUAUAAAAUAAACCUUCAGCUGAAAUCUGUCAUGGGUGCUGAAAAGACGAGUUAGCUGAUAAGAGGAGAAAAAUCAGACAAAAGAUAAUACCACUGGAACAUCCAUUAAUAAAAGUUAUGACACUUCUGUCCACAAGUCUAGUGUCAAAACUUAACUGAUGUUGUACAUUGUGAUAAAUAUCUCAAUAACUGAUUAAUCAGACCAUAACAUGUUUGGUGAAUUAAAUAAUAAUCAGACGGGAGUUAUAUUAUAAUGUUCUUUUGAGUUUUCCUUGAUUUACAGCAACACCAGUUCCGACUUCCUUCAGCUUUUCAGAAUAAAAGCAUAUUUACAAAUAGAAUGGAUUUGUUGUUUACAUGUAAAUAAAUGACGUAAGUCGCAGAAAGCGGUGGUGGUUGGGUUCUUAGGUAUGUAUGGGAGGGUCGAGUGCGGACACAGCUGAAGUUUUUCUGCGCACUUGAGUCGUCAUGGAGACCGGGUCACAUGUGGCCCGGGGUGAACUGGUCCAGGUGUCGGAGGCUGCAGAUGAUCCCGGCCAGUCUCGCGCUCGGGACGUGUGGCGCGCGCUCGCCGCUCGCGCAGAAGAUGGAGCUGGAGGCGGGGAGGCUGCUGCCGCUGCUGCUGCUGCCGCUGCUGCUGCUCUGCUUCACGGUCCGCGGUGCCGCCAUCGACACCGUGAACGUGGUGGAUUUCUGCGGGCAGACCAUCCGGAGUGACGGUAUGAUCGUCAACUCGCACCAGGACUCCAAGAAAUACUACUUUGUCAGCAUGGCCACCGACUGCCACCUCACCAUGCAGGCCAGUUCUCCCAAAGACAAGGUCCAGUUCUACUUCCGCUUCUUCCUGGUCUACAGCCUGCUAAGGGUGGCACCUCUGAGUCCGGCCCCUCCUCUCCCGGAGUCCCCACAAGGCUCCGCCCCCCUCCACCCUCGACUGGAGCCCACAUCUGGCGAGGUUCCGGGUGAUCCCUGCCACGCCGGCUCAUACGUUCAGUUCUACGACGGCAGAGAUAAAACGUCACCCCCCCUGGGGCCUCGUCUCUGUGGGAAGAGCCCCCCUCGACCCGUGGUCUCCACUGGAAACUUCCUGACUCUGAGACUGGUGACUCGGGGCACUCAGCCCAGGGUGGACUUUGUGGGAGACUUUACGUCCUUCAGGCUGGGGUUUAACCACUCCAAGUGCAGCAGCGAGCCCUACUUCACCUGCAGAAACGGAAAGUGUAUUCCGGUCAGCCUAGUCUGUGAUGACAAAGGCAUCGACAAUUGUGGGGAUGGAAGUGAUCUGGAGGAAAACCUGACGACAGGCUGCAAAGCAGGUCAGUUGUUACCUCCUGAAGCUUCCCUACCAACAGAAACCACACCUCCACCCUCAUUGAGUCCAUCUGCAGAGCCGACCGUGCCACACACGGACUGUGGUGAGCCAGUCAGUCCUGAGUCAAACACAGGGGGGGUGCCCUCGCUGUCCCUGUUGGUCCUGUAUGUCACGCUGGGCGCGGCGGCCGGCGGUGUUCUGCUCUGCUGGUGCUGCUGGUCAUCUGGAUGGGUCCUGUGGCGCAUCAGCAUCUGUCGCUUCCUACCAUGCUGCAACUCUGCAUGCGCCUCCUGCCAGCGAUGCGCAUGCAGCUGCAUUCACAGCAAGGAGCAUCGAGUGGGGAAAGUGACCCCACACACCCCAGUGGACAGGUCUGCAACAGGAACAGCGGCCUCUGACAGUACAGAGGACAACGUUCCUACUGUAGCUGUGUAAGGGGGCACGUCAUUGAUGAUGGAUGUAAACCACAGCUCUGAGGACUGCAGAGAUGCAAACAUGUGGAUUAAAUCUGCAGCAGGUUUGAAUCGACUUUCUGAAAAGAAGAUAAAUGUGCAUUAGAGUCAAAGGUCAUAUGUGAAACUGUUCUGCCCCAAAACAGAAUGAAAGUGAACAGAAAGCAGUUGAAAAUCAUACUGA